GAAUCUCUACAAAGAUAUCUCGUUCUGCAUAUGUAUGGCCACAUGUAACGAUUCGUCGUUUAAUUCCUGUGGAGGAAGUUAAUUGCCAUCAUCUGUACGCAAUUGCAUGUGUGGAUUUGUUCUUAUGUUGGCGUAACUGUUGUUUCCUGGUCGUAAUCCUAAUUAAUCUGGGUGGAUAAGUUUUGCAUCUUACCUGUUUGUGGAAAUGCUUAAGGAGAGUUCAAUUCGAAAAACUUUGAAGCCCUUGUGUACACAGUUUUUCACACGAAACCUGAACAUUCUAGUGAAAGCUAAGAUCCCACUCAAGUAGAAAUGAACUUUUUUUUUUGAUAACUCAGAGUGCCCAGGCAGCUGAUAUGCACAUCGACUAAUCCCUCGGGCCAAUCACACCAUCUGCUAGCGGGAGCCCAAGGAAAGUCAGGGCAGAGACUCCGUAUAGAAUGGCCCCACGAAAAUUGGUUGCACAGUUUCUAACAUGAGAUCUAAGAGGGAGAAAUAGCCUUUAAGUCCCUGACUUGACCACCAGUAGAAAUCACUAUUUUAUAGGGAUAAGAACCUUUUUAUGGUAUCGAGCGGGUCAAAAUUAAAUUCGCUUGGAACGGAAUGAAUCAGCUCCGAACACGGCGAAAUGGGGUGGGAAUGGCUUCAGUUGGGCUGGGCUGCUAGUACUAUGGUUUACCUACACCCAAAGAACACAGUGAGAACCACCCGGCUGACUGAAGUUGGCCAAAGGACACUUCGCCGAGCGUGUCAGUGAGCAAGGGAAAUGAGUACAAACUUGCAAAGUAACAUUAUUGGUUGACAAAUUUUGGACCACUGAAGGAAUUUUAGCAGUACACUCUACAGGCAUGGAGGAGCAAUUCGUACUCAGAGUUCCACCUUCCGUUGCUGAGCGGAUAGAAAGCCUUCUGAAUGAGAAUGGCUCUUCUGAUGAUGAUAAGUCACUGGAUUUGUCUUUCUCUGAAGAUGGGAGGAAUGGCACAUUUGUCAUAGGCAAUGAUCGAUUCCCUGCAUCUCUCUUGGAUCUUCCUUGCAUUGUGGAGUCAUACAAAACUUAUGAUGAUAGCGUGCUGAUCAAAACUGCAGACAUUGGCCAAAUGAUUAUGGUGAGAGAACAUGGUGAUCCCAGACCAGAUGCAGUGGAGUAUAGACAUGGCCUCACCUCUCCAAUGAGGGAUGCUCGAAGGCGAAGAUUUCGUCGUGAGCCUGAUCUAAAUCCUGAGCUUGUACAGCGUGUUGAGCGAGAUCUGCUGAACAUCAUGGCUGGUGGAACAGCUGAGAAUAUGGAUGUUGAAGUCGAUGGUGAUGAGAAUGCUCGUAGUAAAAGCAAGAAAGCUGCACCUCUUGCUCCUCCACCAAAACCUGAUGUUCCGGCUGCCAGAGCAAAUGCUGUCGAGCCUGACGGAAGUGAUUCUGACGAGUCUGAUGAUUCAGUAUAAGUCUGAUAUUUUCCUUAAGUUCAUGUAAAUCAGGUGAAAGAUGCAAAUCCGUGUUCAAUUAGGGGGCCAUGAUUAGGUGCCAUGGAUGUGAACUGUGUUAAAAUACUUCGGCACCGCUGAAAGCCUAAGGUGGAAAUGUAUAGUACACACUCCCGUCAUUUGGAGGAUUUGUGGUGUUUAAUACGAAUGAUUACGUAGUUACAAAGUCUUGUGCCCUAUGAAAACAUUGAGCCGUAAAAGUUGUGGUUAUGUUUGAAACCUUGUGUAUCUAUUGAUACGAGAUUAUGUUACUUUAAAUGCAAAUGAAUUAAUUG